CCAGACAGGGCACCUAACACCUUCUUUGGGGCGAUGAAUCUGACUUUGCAGCAUCCAUCCUGGCAGCCCCGUGAAGAUUUCUGGCUGCGUCAGCCAAAAUUCCUGCCGGGGACUGUGCUGCAAUGCAGCACUCCACACCCCCGCCGGUGCUGAGCCCCAGCCUGGGCAGCCGGUGCUGCUCAGCUCCUGCCAUGGGCUUCCCUCUUCCUCCUCCUCCUCCUCCUCCCGGCCAGCCCUGAUGAUUCCAGGCUGCUCGGCGUUAUCUCCCGCGGGCACUUGGCAUCCGCAGCGUGUGUCAGCGCAGCCGGGCACACGUUCAGUUUCACAACGCGCUGCAGGCAGAAAGCGCUGGCUCCCCGAAGGGAUCGGCUGUGGUUUCGUGUUUCAUUUCCCUCGCACGCUACACCCGAAUUCCAGACGCUUUCUGGCUCGGCUGCAGGGCGGACUCGGAGCACAGGUCCUUUGCCGUACCCAGCGGAGGCAGACGGGGCUUCCCUCAGCUCCGGGGAGUGGACCAUGAAGACGUCAAUUGUAUUUUUGCUUUGCAUCUCAGUUUUCCCAGGCUUUUCCCAGGGCAGAGUUGUUGGAGAGGAUGAAAUUGGUUUUGCUGAGUGUAACGUGUUUUUCCCGGGACAAGUCCCACCUGAAGGAUUUACAGAGCCGUUCCAUGUGAAAAUCUGUCAGCAGUACAACAAAGAGCCACGCUUUGCAACCCUCUACAGCACUAAGGACAAAAUCCCUCUUUAUUCAGCUUUUAAGUAUACAAAGCCAGCCCAAAACGAGGAGGAGAACUGGCUGGUCGAACCGCAGAUAGAUGAUCCAGAAAAUGACCUGCAUGAGAUGGUGCAUGAAGCUGAUGUCGCUGGCACUGUGGCCAACCUUGGUGCAAAUCAAGCUCUGACCUCAGAUUACGUGGGCUCCGGUUAUGAGCGAGGGCUGCUCAAUCCCAGCUCACUCAAUGAGGAGGAUUUCCAGAUGGCCACUUACACACUCACGAACGCCGUGCCUCUGAGCCCAUCUCUGAGCAAGAGCUGGCACAGAGACAUUGGGAGGGUAGUGGAGCAAGCGCUGGUCCCUCACUGCUCCAAGAAGGAUCAUCUGUAUCUCCUUGCAGGCGCGAUUCCUUCCAGCACCCGAGUUAAAAGCAAGGUGUCCGUGCCAGAGACCCUCUGGCUGGCAGCCUGCUGUGAUGCUCCUCAGGGGUGGUCCCUGGGACUAGUGAAAAAAGUGAAUGAUGAAAACAGCUUGGUGGACCUCACAGUGGGAGAGCUGGAGAAGCAGCUUCUCACAGGAGUUCAGUUGUUCAAGGGAAGCUGUGGGGAAGACAACCAAAGCCAGGAGAAAACAGAAGCAAUACUUCAAGCUGUCAGUCAGAUCCGCUCUGGAGAGCAAGUAGGAACAAGUGAUAACCAGGAGGCCAAAGACAGCGGCUUGGUGAGAAAAGUGGCUGGUAUCAUUGCUACCCCUUUCAUCAAACUUCUGGAACUCCUCAUCUAUGUGUUCGUGGAGCUGGUGAAAUUCGUGUUUUAUUUUCUGUGGCUUGUUAUCAAGUGGGCUGGUGCUACAGUCCUGGAUGGGGUCUACAACCUGUGGAAAGGGGUGGUGUCCUACCUUAAAGCCAUCAGCAUGGUGCUCAUCAGCAUUCCCUAUGACGUGGGGAGGGUCAUCAUCAACAUCUUCCUGGGCUUCCUGCAAAUUGUUCAAGAUGUGGUGACCCUCACCUGCAAGAUCCUGAGCAUCCCUGUCGGGUUUGUCCUUCACCUUGCUGCUUUCCCUUACCAGUCGAUCUGUGCCAUUCCCUCCGUCCUCAAAGACAUAGCCACCGGCAUCGGGGGAACCUUCUCGCUGGUCAUCGAUGCCACAGCCGCCCUUCUGCAUGGCUUUUAUUACCUGGCUGGUCACAUACUCAAACGAUUUGUCCCUAAAAUCUCCUCUGAUGACUGACAGGGAUGGAUACCAAGGCUGCAAAGACACAGAGAGAAGGAAGAGCGGGACAAUGCAUUAAGAUAUGUGGCCAAAUGCUGUUAAUUUUGUUCUGGUAUUUAUUGUAGUGACAUAAUUAAUAAUGAACCAACUGGGGAGUAACAGAGAAGGCCGAGGUGAUGUCGCUGGGGAAUGCCACCAUUGUAACUCAAGUUCGGUCUGUUGUAAAGUGUCUGGGUUUCAUCGGUGCAGGCCACAAAGUUGCUAUGAUUUUCAGGUGUCAACAUGCUUCCUCUGGGAGACACGUGCUAAAUGUGCUACGAGGUUAUUUCUUUCCAGCAAAGAUAAAACUGAGACCUGCGCACUGGCAGAGAGCUCCAUGGAAACCCAUUGCUGCCAGGGAGGAGGUGGUGGCCAGGGCAGGAUUUUAGUUACAGGGGGUUUCCUGGGACCUGGAGAAGGGGGAGGGAGGUGAAGGUGCAAGGAUUUGGGGCUGGGAAAUGGUGGGGAGUGAGGAAGGGUUUGGCCAAGGUCCUGCUGUUGGUUGCACUGCUCAUUGCACCAGGGUCCCAUGGUGGAGGGGAUGCAAGCGGGUGUAUCUCAUAGUCGUCAGGCCUUUCCAGGCAGCAGAAAUCAUGUGGAUCUUGCUGUGAGGAAAGACCCACUGCCUGUUCUUUGGCAUGGUGGGAAAACAUUUUCCCUUAGCCAUACCAAGGUCACCUCUCCCCAGGCCUUCUCUGGUGACCACUAGAGGUCUAAGCCCUGAAGCUUCAAGAUGUGGCAUUCCCUGAAAGGUCCCAGCCCUGAAGCCCUUGUGCCUGCUCUGAAGCCCAGCAGCAUCUGGUAGUCACACUUUUUGGCUCUGAAUCAGCUGCCAGCCUGCCCUGCCUCCCUUGAGAGCUGACAGCUCCCCAGGCACGCAGCAGUAUUUACAUGCCUGAGGUCUCUGUGAGCUGAUGCCCAGGUUGGGGAUGGGUCAUAUCACAGCCAUCCUUCUGAGGCUUGUUUUGAAAGCACACCUCUCUGGGGAAAAGUGAUCCCCCUGGGUUUCCUGCAAAUGCAGAGUGAAACAGCCCUGCUCUUCCCACUGGUCUAGGUCAGCGGCAGGUACAUCCCUAUAGAGAGGAGACAUGGAAGAGGAGAUGCACAGGGAGCACGGGGGAUUUUUCUGCUUUCGUGCAGGGUGAUUUGAUGUUGUAGAAUCACAGAAUCAUAGACUAGUUUGGGUUGGAAAGGACCUUUAAAGCUCAUCUUGUCCAACCCCCUGCCAUGAGCAGGGACAUCUUCACCCAGAUCAGGUUGCUCAGAGCCCCGUCCAGCCUGGCCUGGGAUGUCUCCAGGGAUGGGGCAUCCACCACCUCCCUGGGAAACCUGGGCCAGGGUUUCACCUCCCUCAUUCUAAAAAAUUUCUUCCUCAUGUCUUUCCUGAAUCUCCCCUCUUUUAGUUUAAAACCAUCACCCCUUGUCCUAUCACAACAGGUCCUGCUAAAAAGUCUGUCCCCGUCUUUCUUAUCGUCCCCUUUUAAGUACUGAAAGGCUGCAAUAAGGUCUCCCUGGAGCCUUCUCUUCUCCAGGCUGAACAACCCCAGCUCUCUCAGCCUGUCCUCCCACCAGAGCUGUUCCAGCCUCUGAUCAUUCCUGUGGCUCCUCUGGCCCCUCUCCAACAGGUCCAUGUCUUUCCUGCACUGAGGGCUCCAGAGCUGGACACAGGACUCCAGGUGGGGUCUCACCAGAGCGGAGCAGAGGGGCAGAAUCACCUCCCUCCACCUGCUGGCCACUCUCCUUCUGAUGCAGCCCAAGACACAAUUGGCCUUCUGGGCUGCAAGUGCACAUUGCCAGCUCAUGUCUAAUCUUUCAUCCACCAGGACCCCUAAGUCCUUCUUGUCAGGGCUGCUCUCAAUCCCUUCAUCCCCCAGCCUGUAUCGAUACCGGGGUUGCCCUGGUCCCUACCCAGAGGUGGGGUGGAGUGGCAGAAGCCUGUCCUGGGUAGGGCAGGUGGGUCCCCUCAGUGCUGUGCUGGGGUGAAGCUGGCUAGAGGGAUGCCAAGGGAGUCCUGCAAUCGGCAGGAAAAAGGCAGAGGGAGUAGGGUACUCGUGGCAAAUUACUUGCACUUGGAGGUCCCAGCAGCACUCAUGGAAGAGACUUCUGCCACCCACAAGAAAGAAAAGAGGUCUGCAUGGCUGUCACAGCUGCAAGAACCAGCACAGCCAAGGUCAACCCGAGCCCUAACAGCAAAGGCCUUUGCCAAUUUUGGAAACCUGGAGAAAGGAAAAAGUGGUUGUGUUGCCUCUGUCUCCCAUGGGGACUAUAGACUGGUGGGAGGAGAGGCAGGAGGGGGAUCUGGGUGCAGCCCUUGUUGUGUAAAUACCCACCCGGUGAGCCCAUGCACAAGCAGACACAUGUAUGUGAGAGGGGCACCCCACCCCUCUUCUGCACCACUUGUCCUCCUCGCUCACUGUCUUUCACCUCUUCUCACCCUAGUGUGACCCAGGUCCUGCCACAUCAGGGGUGCUGGAGCUGGGACACGCACGGGGGCUUUGCAGGGAACAAUCAAGGGUUUGCAGCUGGGCAAGGGGCACAGGGACACCUGCUGCUGCUGGCGGAGGGCAGGGGGGUGCUGCCCUUCCCCGAAGCCUGGCUCAGCAAGGGCGUUUGGAUCGGGUUUGGAUCUUUUGCUGCAGCAGCCUGCAGGAGGAGGGGCUCUGGGUCUCUGCAUUGUUUGCCCUGGCUGGACCCCCUGUGGUGCUGACUCCCCCAAGCCACAACCACCACUGAGGGCCAUGCUGGCUGCAUCCAGCUUAUGCUGGACUUCAGGGAGACUGAUGGCAACACGGUAGCCCAGGGCUGUCUGGAACAGUGACCCAGACGUCAGGUAGAAUGCAAAUAGAAGUCAACUGUCUUACUCUAUAGAUAGUGGGCAGCCCAAGGCCCAUUGAGCUCUCCUACACAGCAGCGUGCUGUACGCAGGGAUCUCCCCCUGGGUAGGGACUCCUCUCAAGGUUUCUCCUAAAGGCUGAGAUUCCUUGCUGCAACAGAUCCUCAGUAAGUGACUCAUGGCAUGCUAAACUUUGGAAUCUUAGCUAAGUAGUAUAAAGGAUUGAUUGCGCAUAUAUAAUCCUUUACACAUAAACUGUAGACCAAUUCUGGGACUAGGAUUGGAUCCAGCCAUGCCUAGGCUGCUCCCUGAGAAGGAGUUUAGAAAGCAAGGGUGUGUUUUCUGAACCUCAUGACUCAACGGGAGUGUCUCCCUGACAGUUUUCUCUGACCCUGUCCUCUGUGCAGUAAAUAAUCGAAUGUACCGUGCCAUCAGAUCUUGUUUAAACCACUGUUGUGUUAGUCUUUGAACUUCAUUACCUCACUGUUUUAUAUCGACAAAGUUGAUUAUUGCUUCUCUCUUAGGAAUGAAGUGCAUCCCUCACUCCAUCCAUGGCACUCCCAGAGGCAUUUGGGGGUCUUAUGUGGAUGGAUCCUGCCUUUCACCCCCAUUUCUGUCCCUUCAGCCCUGGGUUGUUUGUGGACCCCUGAUCUCCCAUAGCACCCCACAAGGAGUCCCAGGGGUGUGCAAGCCAGUGCUGCUGUCCCUGGGGGGGACCCGGUGGUGCUGUGCUGCUGGUGGCCAGUCCCAGGUUGAAGAAAACCCACUAUUCAACACAGCAGCUUUGCUGCCUCAUGCUGCUCAUGGCAGGGCUGAGUUGAGGGCUGGAUUUGGGGGGUUAAAGGAGAUUUGACUGGUUCACGGCAGCAACAGAGGGUCGUUUCCUUAGCUCAGGGGCUGCAUUCAGUGCAACCAGCUGUGCAUGCGCAUGCCAGGUGGCAUCCUAAUGGGCAACAAUGCCAGUGGGGGUGAAGUGGGGAAGCGGUGGGCUGAGCAGAAACAGAGGACAACUCCUCGUCUCACUUUUGGUUGUCCAUGGCUUGUUUGUGGAGAAAAAGAGGCCACCUGACAAGCAGUGCUGGCUUUGUUCAAAAAGAAACACAGCUCGUGCAUGCCAGCUGGCUGAAGUCAGCAGUGUUUUACGAGUCCCUCCUUUCCCUUGGAGCUGUUGAUAUGGGGGUUUUCGUUGCAAGGGGCAAUGUCCAGGUCGCUGCUCUCAGCAGCCAGACAGCAGCCCAUGGAUGCUCUCCAAACAAAACUUUGCAUCUUUUCUUUCACAAACAUGCCCUCCCUGCUGUGGAACCAGAUGCAGAGCUGGUUUCCUGCUCCUUGGUGGGAUCAUGCACCUACUCUGGUGCUCCUCCUGGACUACGUGGCAGCUGUUGAGGCAGGAGAGCAGCCAGCUCAUGUCCCAGGAGCUGCCAGGCCAUGGUGACAGGGGCACCAGCCUGUUGGACCCAAGGUCCCCAGUAGCCUUGGAAAGCAUGUGUGGUGGCAGCAGCUCUCCAGUGCAGCCUGGGCACUGGGGAGGGGGCAGCUGCACCCCACAGCUGCCUGUCCUGUGCCUUCUGCAUGGCCUUAUCUCAUAGAAUCAUAGAAUGUCCUCAGUUGGAGUGUACCCACAAGGAUCAUCGAGUCCAACUCCUGUCCCUGCACAGGACAACCCCACAGUUCACACCGUGUGUCUGAGGGUGUUGUCCAGUCUCUUCUUGAACACUGUCAGGCUUGGGGCUGUGACACCUCCCUGGGGAGCCUGUUCCAGUGUCCAGCACCCUCUGGGGGAAGAACCUUUUCCUCAUGUCCAACUUAAACCUCCUCUGGCACAUUUUCCUGCCAUUCCCUCAGGUUCUGUCAUUGCUCACUAAAGAGAAGAGCUCAGGGCCUGCCCCUCCUCCUCCCCUUGUGAGGAAGCUGUAGCUGCCAUGAGGUCUCCCCUCAGUCUCCUCCAGGCUGAACAAACCAAGUGACUUUAGCUGGUCCUUAUACAGCUUCCCCUCCAAACCCUUUACUAAACCCUCAUAGCUGUCUACAACUACCUGAAAGGAGGUUGUAGCAUGGAGGGUGUUGGUCACUUCUCCCAAGUGGCAAGUGAAAGGAUGAGAGGAAAUGGCCUCAAGUUGUGCCAGGUGAGGUUUAGAUUUGAUAUUAGGAAAAAAUUCUUCAUGGAAAGGGUUGUCAGGCUGCCCAGGGAAGUGGUGGAGUCACCAUCCCUGGAGAUGUUUAAAGGACAUGUAGAUGAGGCUCUUAGGGAUGUGGUUUAGUGCUAGAGUUAGGUCGUGAUAGGACUUGACAAUCUUAAGGGUCUCUUCCAACCAAAAUGAUUCUCUGAUUCUAAGAUUUUACACCCUAUCUCUGGCCCGUCCUGGCUGUGUGUCGCUGCACAGCAGAGGUGAUGCACCCAGCUUCUCCACACCUUAACCCAGCAGCCCCCGCAUCCCAGCUCCCCCAGCAUCUCCAGUGCAUCCCCUCAUUACAGUGGUUUGGAAGUUCAUGUGCUGAGAGACAGCAAAGCUGAGACACCUUGGGAGGUCUGCAUUGCCCCAUCACCGUCACUGCCCAGCCCAGCCGGGGUCAGGCCAGCAGGUCUCCGUGCUGCAGCCGUGUCCUCUGACUGCAGGUGGGCAGUCCUGUAGAUCUAAGGGGCUGCAGUGCUGCGGCAUUUGGGCAGAUGUGGAGCAGUAUUGUUAAAAUUGUCUUAACAUGCUCAGAUUUCAAACGCCAAGAACCGCAACUGGCACGGGGCACUUUUCUUCUCUGCUGCGUGUCUGAGCAGGCGGUGGGAAAUCUGCCUGGAACGCUGAGCAAUCAUUACAGAACAAGCAACAUCCUGCCACAGACUAACUAUUGUUUGAGAUUAUUAUCUGGGCAUGAUUUAUGGCUUCUGAGCUUUACUCUAUCCUUGGAAAUGUAAGGCUUUAACAAAAUAAAAGUUACUUUUCCAAUGA